AUGCCUCCCAAGGGUACCAAGUGCAAGCUUGACGAACAUAUUGUGGAAUCACCACAGCUCCAGCUACCUAGUGGGCUCGAUAUCGAUAGCCCAUCCGCGCUUUUCUCUCUAUUUGUUAGCGACGAUAUCUUCGAAUUCAUUAGCCAGUCAACCAAUGAAUACGCCCGGCGAAGACAAGCAGAAUGA